UAUUAUUUGUGUAUUUUUAUACUUACGAAACUGUGAAAACGUGUUGAGAAAUUCUGCAAAAACAACUUUCGAAGAUUUUGUGAGAAAACUAAAAGAAGUUCAGAAGGAUACUAAGAAACGACUUAUGCUAGAACUCGAUCAGUUGGUGACAAAAUGUUGAAUUCGAAAAAAACUCUAUCGGCGCUAUUCUACGGGAUUGCUUCGUUUAUGAUAACAAUCGUCAACAAAACGAUCCUGACGACGUAUGGAUUUCCAUCUUUUCAAGUAUUGGGUCUAUCUCAAAUGUUCGCAACCAUUGUGUUUUUAUUCCUAGCCAAGAAGAUAAGAUUAGUGAACUUUCCAAAUUUGCAACAGAACACAUUCAAAAAAAUAUUUCCGUUACCUCUGAUUUAUAUGGGAAAUGUCUUUUUCGGGCUGGGAGGCACCAAAGAACUGAGCCUUCCUAUGUUUAUUGCACUUAGGAGGGUUGCUAUUUUAAUGACUAUGGUUUUGGAGAUAUACUUGCUGAAAGUUAAACCCAGUUUCAAAGUUCAAUUCAGUGUAUAUACUAUGGUUUUGGGGGCUACUGUAGCGGCAGUGAACGACUUGUCUUUCAAUCUUCAAGGUUAUUUUUUCAUUUUUUUGAAUAACUUUUUUUCCGCUUCUUACUAUGUGUUUUUGAAAAGAAAACUAGACUCGAAAGACUUGGGGGAGUAUGGACUGAUGUACUACAAUUCAUUAUUCAUGAUUGGGCCUACUUUAUUGUUAGCAGUUUAUUCUGGAAAUCUAGAGAAUGCUUACAACUACCAGCAUUGGAGUAACUUUCCAUUUUUGUGCCAGUUUCUGUCAUCUUGUACGAUGGGUUUCUUUCUGAAUUACAGUAUGGUACUAUGUACUUCAUAUAACUCUUCAUUGACUACUACAAUAAUCGGAAGUUUGAAAAAUAUUUUUAUAACUUAUCUUGGUAUGUUCAUUGCAGGAGAUUAUAUCUUUUCGUGGUCAAAUUUCGUGGGUAUAAAUAUAAGCGUUGUAGGAAGUCUGACUUACUCUUAUGUUACUUUUCGUAAAUGAGAACCUAAAUUAUAUUAACUUGGACCACAACGGAUAUCUUAUGUAAAGGUAGUGGCAUCUCCUCUUACGAAAACGCCAUUUCUGGAAUAGAAGACUCAAUACAGGAUAAACGAGGUUCUCCAACAUCGACCGCAUCGUUUUCUGUCUUCCACUACAGCUUUCACAGCAAGGCAACUAGAGGAAACCCAAACCAGAAAGAUCGUGAUCCAACAACGCUCACAGAUGAAAGGUGCACUGAAGGAUAGAGAAUGAAUUGCGGUAGAUGUCGAAACAAUGGACGCCUUUGUGAUUCUCGUCUAUCCAUUUCAUGAAUUGAGCCUUCUGUCGAUAUCACUGAUGAUGUCUUUUUAAGAGUCCUUCAAGUAAGGACAGUUGAGUGGUUAAGUAGCACCACUGAUGAUACAUUGGCGGGUCGAAACAGUUUGGUAUUGAAUCACGAGCUCUCAGGGUCUGGUUGGUUUCAACAGAUAUCCUUUAUAUGUCUGGUAUCAACUCUUCCAAUUGUUUUUGCAUAGGUAUUAAGGUUCAUGUUCAUGCAUAUCUAUCGACCAAUAUGGCUUACUUGAUUUCAUUUGGGCUUAAAGCUUCACCAAAGGCACUUUAGAUAGAUUUAAUGUUGCAUAUUCUACAACGUGAUGAUGUACAUUGAAAGGUAGAUGUGAAUUGUGAUUACCUGGACAUAAAAAAUCAUUUUGAGUUAUUUAUGCAUAUCAGAUGUUCGUCACGAUUUUUUGUUGAACUUGUGAAUCUAUAAGAAUCUAGAAUCAUCAACGGGUCCAUCAUCAAAUUUAUGUUUUCAGUUUGUGUGUCUGUUUGGAUCAAACUUUAUUUUUAUGAUAGUAAAUCUAUCGAAAUGUCUAAAAAGAAAUAUAAUCCUGUCACGCCAUGUUGGUUUUUUCUGUAAUUCCCUGAGUGUUAUUUACGAAGUUUUUACCUUUUCUCUAAGCUGUGUGUCUAAAAACAGGGUUCCCAACUUAGGGGUUUCCUCCAAAUUUAGGAGGGAAAGUGGGAUGGGAUUUUUAGAGGUGCUACAUAUUAGAGGUAUUUUUAGGGAUUUUUAUAACUUCAAUUUUUUUAUGGUUCCAUUCACGCUACAACAGAAUGGUAGAUCCUGUAUAACAUUUCAACCAUCCGCAAAAUGUUAAUCAAUGUUAACAUGUAUGACUCUAAAAAGUCAGAAUCUGAAGAAAAUGAUCUGUUACUUGAAGUUUUAGAAAAUUCAUGAAUAAGGAAUAUUCAAAAAUGUUG